AUGCGCGUCUUCUGGCCCAAGAACAUCGAGCGACGAACAGGUACGGCCGUGGGGUGGCGCAUUCCUCGCCCGGCCGGUGCCCAGGCUUCACUAGUGGACGUGCUGGUCGUAGUAGACGUCGUCGGAGAUGACUCGCCUCUACCAAUUGAGGGCCUCGCCCGCGUCCUCCCCCAUUCCGAGCCCGCCAGUUCGGACGGCUUCACGAUCUGGGCCGACACCAUGCCAAUAGGCUACUCGGAUCCCGCCGAAACGGUGCUCUUCACCCCCGGCCCCGAGUUUGUUAUUCCCUCCGCGGAAGGAAAGUUGGCCGAGUACGGCGCGGCUGUUCUAUCGACCGACAUUCGAGGGCUUUUGAUGCGCCUCAACGCCGUCGCAUCGGCGCAGGACGAGCUUCGCGGUGUCGCGCCGUCGUCGAUGAUCGGCCGCUUCGCGCUCCUCGUCCCAUGGAUUCAGGUCGCGGCACUGCUCGUGAACAAGCAUAUCUUUACGCGAAUGGGGUUGGCGGUUGUUGGUGGGACCAUGGCGAGCACUAUGUUCCUACUCGACAUUGUCUUGCGUCCUCCUCGACAGUCGGCCUUCCGCCUGGUCAUGGAGGGAAUAGCGCACUUUCCGUUACAGGCGCACAGCGCCUUGAUCCACCAGCUCGCGCGCCGCGCCGGCACGGUCACCACCCUAAUCGAUGCUCCAUUAGCGCUCAAGGUGCAGGUGGUGCAUUUCGCGCCCGCUGCAGCCAUCAACCAUGACAUGAUCCUCGGCGCCCUAGCCAGCGUCUUGCUACUCGCCUACCCACUCCACCCUAUGCUGCCCAACAUCGCGGACACUCUCUCAUCUCCCGUCAUUGCGGCACUGCUGUGGCUCGACGACUGGCCAUUCGGCCUCAAGCUCAACACGGGACUGAGCGCGUUCCUAUGUGGCUCGAUCGCACGCGUCCUGGAGAUCUGGCGCGACACCGCCACACCCAUCCUCAACUACGCCCUUCCUCACGUCUCCAUCGCGCUCGCUGUCGUUUCACCUCUCGGCCUGUCGUUCGGGUUUGCGCUCCUUUCCGACCUCGUUGCGCUGCUUACCCUUCAUCUCCGUCUCAUUUAUUUCGCGACGGCCGCGCUCUCACGGGUGUCCAUGACUGCGCUGUUGGGCCUCUGGGACCUGUUCCGAGGCCGCCGCUGGAACGUCCUGCGUCAUCGUACUGACUCACACGCGUUCGAGGUGGACACGCUCUUCCUCGGCACGCUCCUCUUCACCGUCACGGCGUUCUUGGCGCCCACUGUAGUGGCAUACGGUCUUCUGUUUGCUUUAAUCAACCUCGCGGUCUUCCUCGUUCAACGCGGCUUGGCUCUGGCGAUCGCCGGGAUCAACUGUUCCGUUGCCUUCCAGAUCGCCUACUCCGUCCCUCCCUUCCCUGGUAUAUGCGACGGGAUUGUGUUCGACGUCGUUGUUCCAAGCACGAGCAGUCGGGCCCCGGACGCUGCCUACCCGGUGCAACAUGCGCUUGAGCUCAAGCACUCCCAUGAGCUUGGGUACGCUGCUGCACCGUUGGUGGCGCGAUACCAGGCUCGCGGCGCGUUGAAGCAGUGCGCGUUGAAGCAGAUGCGCGUUGAGCAGAUGCCGAUCCGCGCCCGCGCCGCGUUGCUCUUCUGUCCCGUUGUCGCUGGGGCAGUACACCCGCCAUGCGCGUUCGUCAAAGUAUUGUUGGCGGCGGCCAUGCCGUCCGAGCACGCCACGAACAUGCGUGUCUCGACCGUCUCGCACAGUGGGGGACUCCACAUACCCCCGACGACCGCGCAGCACGUCGUCGCAACGAACCCCACGGGCGACGAGCAGUUCUGGAGUGUGCGCAUGUAA